GAGGGGCCGGGGCUGUGCCCCGCUCCGCGUCGCCUCGGCAGGGCAGCGUCUGCCGGCGGCUCGGGGCGGGAGGCGGUUGCCUCGGCACGGCGGGCAGCGCCCUUGGGCGGCACAGGAGAAAAUGGCCAAAAUGGAGGUUAAGACGUCACUUUUAGAUGACAUGAUAGGGGUGGGGGAUAUGGUUCUUUUAGAGCCGCUUAAUGAAGAUUCGUUCAUCAAUAAUCUGAAAAAGCGCUUUGACCACAAUGAAGUAUAUACAUACAUUGGUAGCGUGGUGAUAUCAAUAAAUCCCUACCGAUCUCUACCCAUUUAUACUCCCGAGAAAGUGGAAGAAUACAGAAACCGAAACUUCUAUGAACUCAGUCCUCACAUCUUUGCUCUGUCAGAUGAAGCAUACAGAUCUUUAAGGGACCAGGACAAAGACCAGUGCAUCCUUAUUACAGGAGAGAGUGGAGCUGGGAAAACAGAGGCGAGCAAACUUGUGAUGUCAUAUGUAGCUGCUGUGUGUGGAAAAGGGGCAGAGGUUAAUCAAGUAAAAGAACAACUUUUGCAGUCAAAUCCAGUUCUUGAAGCUUUUGGAAAUGCCAAAACUGUGAGGAAUGACAACUCCUCUAGAUUUGGAAAAUACAUGGAUAUUGAGUUUGAUUUCAAGGGUGACCCGCUUGGAGGAGUGAUAAGCAACUAUCUGCUGGAGAAGUCUCGUGUUGUUAAGCAGCCAAGAGGCGAAAGAAACUUUCACAUUUUCUAUCAGAUACUCUCUGGUGCAUCAGAAGAGUUCCUCUGCAAACUUAAACUGGAGCGGGACUUCAGCAGAUACAACUACCUGGGCCUUGAUUCUGCCAAAGUGAAUGGUGUGGAUGAUGCUGCAAACUUCAGAACUGUUAGGAAUGCAAUGCAGAUAGUUGGCUUUAUGGAUCAUGAAACGCAGUCUGUUUUUGAAGUGGUGGCAGCCGUUCUGAAAUUGGGAAAUAUUGAAUUUAAGCCUGAAUCUCGUGUGAACGGACUAGAUGAGAGUAAAAUCAAAGAUAAAAAUGAACUCAAGGAAAUCUGCGAGUUGACAGGUAUAGACCAGUCUGUGUUGGAAAGAGCUUUCAGCUUCCGGACGGUUGAAGCCAAGCAAGAGAAAGUUUCAACAACACUGAAUGUGGCUCAGGCUUACUACGCCCGUGAUGCUCUGGCUAAGAAUCUAUACAGUCGACUGUUCUCUUGGCUUGUUACCAGAAUCAAUGAAAGCAUUAAGGCGCAAACAAAAGUGAGAAAGAAGGUAAUGGGGGUGCUGGACAUCUAUGGCUUUGAAAUUUUUGAGGACAACAGCUUUGAGCAAUUCAUUAUCAACUACUGUAAUGAGAAGUUGCAGCAGAUCUUCAUUGAACUUACCCUAAAAGAAGAGCAGGAGGAAUACAUACGAGAGGGGAUUGAAUGGACUCAUAUUGACUAUUUCAACAAUGCUAUAAUUUGUGACCUAAUAGAAAAUAACCAAACUGGAAUCCUGGCCAUGCUAGAUGAAGAAUGCCUGAGACCAGGAACUGUUACCGAUGACACCUUCUUAGAAAAGCUGAACCAAGUCUGUGCCACUCACCAGCAUUUUGAGAGCAGGAUGAGCAAGUGCUCCCGGUUCCUCAAUGACACUUCCUUGCCUCACAGCUGCUUCAGGAUCCAACAUUACGCUGGAAAGGUUAUGUACCAGGUGGAAGGAUUUGUUGACAAAAAUAAUGAUCUCCUGUACCGUGACCUCUCCCAGGCCAUGUGGAAGGCCAGUCACUCUCUUAUCAAAGCGUUGUUCCCAGAAGGGAACCCUGCUAAGAUCAAUCUAAAGAGACCACCGACAGCAGGUUCACAGUUCAAGGCUUCAGUGGCUACCCUGAUGAAGAACCUUCAGACAAAAAAUCCGAACUACAUCAGAUGCAUCAAACCCAAUGACAAAAAGGCUGCACACAUCUUCAAUGAUGCUCUGGUGUGCCACCAGAUCCGCUACCUUGGUCUUCUGGAGAAUGUCCGGGUCAGAAGGGCAGGUUAUGCAUUCAGGCAGGCGUAUGAGCCUUGCCUGGAGAGGUACAAAAUGCUGUGUAAGCAGACGUGGCCCCACUGGAGAGGGCCAGCCAGGGCUGGAGUAGAAGUCCUGUUUAAUGAAUUGGAAAUCCCUGAAGAAGAAUUUUCCUUUGGUAGAUCAAAGAUAUUCAUCCGCAACCCAAGAACACUCUUCAAGCUAGAAGAUCUGAGAAAGCAGCGGUUGGAGGAUUUGGCUACUCUAAUUGAGAAGAUUUAUAGAGGUUGGAAGUGCCGUACACGCUUCUUGUUAAUGAAGAAAAGCCAGAUUGUGAUUGCUUCCUGGUACAGGAGAUAUGCACAACAAAAUAAGUAUCAGAAGAUAAAGAGUUCGGCUAUUAUAGUACAGUCCUACAUCAGAGGAUGGAAGGCUCGGAAACUUCUCCGGGAACUUAAGCAUCGGAAGCGUUGUAAUGAGGCUGCCACAAUAAUUGCUGCUUAUUGGCAUGGUACCCAGGCGCGAAGGGAACUGAGACGACUGAAGGAGGAGGCUAGAAAUAAACAUGCUAUUGCUGUUAUUUGGGCUUACUGGCUUGGAUAUAAGGCUCGAAGGGAAUUGAAACGCUUGAAGGAGGAGGCUAGGCGUAAGCAUGCUGUUGCAGUCAUUUGGGCUUACUGGCUUGGACUGAAGGUCCGUAGAGAGUACAGGAAAUUCUUCAGAGCCAAUGCUGGAAGAAAAAUCUAUGAAUUUACCCUUCAGAGACUUAUGCAAAAAUACUUCCUGGAAAUGAAGAAUAAGAUGCCUUCUUUAUCACCGAUAGAUAGGAACUGGCCAGCAAGACCUUACCUUUUCUUGGAUUCAACUCACAAGGAGCUAAAGAGGAUUUUCCAUUUGUGGAGGUGUAAAAAGUACAGAGACCAAUUCACAGAUCAGCAGAAGCUUAUAUAUGAAGAAAAACUGGAAGCAAGUGAACUUUUCAAGGACAAGAAGGCUUUAUAUCCAGCCAGUGUCGGGCAGCCAUUCCAAGGAGCUUACUUGGAAAUCAGCAAGAACCCCAAGUACAAAAAACUUAAAGAUGCUGUGGAUGAAAAGAUCAUCAUUGCAGAAGUUGUGAAUAAGAUCAAUAGAGCUAAUGGGAAGGCUACAUCCAGAAUUUUCUUAUUAACCAAAAAUAAUGUUCUUCUUGCGGAUCAAAAAUCUGGGAAUAUCAAGUCAGAGGUUCCACUGGGAGAUGUUACCAAGGUGUCCAUGAGCUCCCAAAAUGAUGGCUUCUUUGCCGUGCACCUCAAGGAGGGUUCAGAAGCAGCUGGUAAAGGAGAUUUCCUGCUAAGCAGUGAUCACCUUAUUGAAAUGGCCACUAAACUUUACCGCACUACUCUCAGCCAAACCAAACAGAAGCUCAACAUUGAGAUAUCUGAUGAGUUCCUGGUCCAGUUCAGACAAGACAAAGUGUGUGUGAAGUUCAUACAAGGCAGCCAGAAAAACGGCAACAUCCCAACUUGCAAGCGAAAAAACAAUCGGCUUCUUGAAGUGGCUGUCCCUUAACUGCAGCUGGUGGCUCUCCCUUUCACGGACUUGUUUCUUUGUAAUAGUGCAAUUUUAGUUUUACUGGUUUUAUCCCUUUCUGGAGCUGUUGAUGGCUAAUAGCUUUAGGAAACCCUUGGCAAAACAUUCGAUCAAUCGACUUUUAAAUCCUUUUGUUCAUACCAGAGUCUUAACCCUCAAAAUGCAGAUUUUUACCCAGUGAGGCAUUUUUAGCAGCUGGAACAUACCUGUCAUACACAAAUCAUUCUCUUUGUUUAGCGGUCAUAUUUUAGUGCAGCAUACCAUAAACCUACAUAUUAAUGCUAAAUUAGUCGUACUCCUUAGUCUAGGGAUCUGCUUAACAGGAACUAUAAAUAGAUGGCCUUGAUGCUUGGUGGCCAUUUGUGCCCAGUGUCAUAGAAUCAUAGAAUGGUUAGAGUUCGAAAGGACCUUGAGAUCAUCUAGUUCCUAUUGUGGUGGUGUGAAGGGCUCCUGGCUUGUCACUGCUGGGGAGACCAGCAGGAUGGAGGCUGACGCACUAACUCCUGUAGUUAACACUAGGACCUAUGUAACUCAACCUUUUAGUCAGUACAGCACAGGAACAUCUAAUUCUGCAAAACUGAUUAUACAAGCAGUUAUAUGCAUAAUUUUACCAUAAAAAUGCAAAAUUUUGAAACAGGAAUUUUAAUCAGGUCAGGUAUUUUUAAUGACUUUAUACAGUAGGAAUCAGUAAAAUUAUAAAAGCUUGCUUCUUUCACAAAGGCUAUACAGUUCAAGGCAUCUUUUCUGUUCUGCUUUUUUCUUUUAAAUUAUCAGUUAAGAUUAGAGCCUGAAAAAUGCAAUAGUAUUCAUAACACAAGUAAAUGCUAGGUAUUUAAACAGUUAGUUUAAAGCAAAAGGUUUGAGCCUUUCUUUUAGAUAUUGGCAUGUACAAUGUGCAAUAAAACAUACGUGACAUUUUGUGAAAGAAUUAUUUAUAAUACAUUUUUGUGUGCAAGAGAGGAUUGGUGCAGGCUGCAUAGACAGUGUAAGGGUUAAACUAGAUUUGUGUUGUUAAUUUGCAGUUUUUUAGGGUGUACACUACAGUUGUCAACUUGGGAAGAAUACUCAGAAUUAAAAAAUCGUUAAUUUGGGGGUCUGUAUAUAAAUUGUUAUGGUAACAAAACUGUUCUAAUUCUGUGCUAUUUGGUACUCCUACAUUAUAACCAUAUUUUUGUACUCCAAACUGUUUUAUAUAACUUGUGUGCCUGAUGUAAAUGUGUGCACAGAAAAUACAAUCAAGAGCUGCAUUAUAAACUUUCAGUGUAACUGAAUGCACUUAAUCUUUUAUAAGCCAGAAGCAUUAGUUGAAAUCCUUAAGAGGAGAGAUGCAGUUUUAGAUAGAAAUAACUACUCAAGUGAAGGGUUUAUUGGAUGUGACUGAUUUGUUGAUGGAAGAGCAAUUGAGAAAGCAUUGUAUUUUUGCAGUCUGAUAUAGGACAGAUUAAGACCCUGAGUAUCUGAUGUGAAGUGCUGGAAGUCCAACCAUAAAUAAAGGAAAGAUAAAGAAAAGUUCAGAGUCUCAUUACUCUCCUGGUGGUAAAGUGAUGUAGUGCUCAUGGCUCUGAAGGCUCCUCUGGGUAGUUCAGCAUUAAACAGUGUCUCUCCGCACUAAAACGGCAUUUACUGCUGUAGAUGUUGUAUAGUGCUAAUGGUUAUUGGGCGGAAAAAACAGCUGGGUUGGGUUAUGCCAUGUUUUGCUUUGGGAUUAAAGUGCAUAUUUUUCUAUGAUUUGGAUACAAAAUAAUUGUUUUUAACUGGUUGCUUUAAUGUUGCUGUUGAAAGGCCAUGUACAUGACCUUCAAAGGUGGGAGUAAGCAAAAGAUACAUCUCCCUAACUAUGACCAAAAGUUGCCUCUUCCUUGUGAUCAUAGUUUGAGCCCUUCUUUUACUAAUUGAGUUGGCUUAAUAGUUUAAUAAAAUUUAAAUAAUUUUACAUGUAAUUAGGGAUGUUUAUGAAGGAAAUCUUGCUAUCAAUUUGUAAUGCAAAAUUAGGAUACUUCAAAGUGAUUACUCCAUUGCCUUAAGAAGACAGCAUGUAAUAACAUAGCGUUUGAAACUCCUAAAUCCUGUAUUAGAAUCCCUGCUUGGUAAAUGUUGGAAGGUUUGUAAAACUGUUCACUAUCUUGAAAACCUUGCAGUAAGGACCACAAGGAGCAAAUUUUAAAAAUCAACACAAAAGUCAGGAAAAACAUUUGAAGUCUGAUAUAAUCCUGUAGUUGCUUGCAGGUAGGAAAUGGGAGAGUUUAGAGUAAGUACAUGUGGAUAUGCGGCCCAUGAAAUUAGGGUAUUGCAGGAUAAUGUUAGGAUACUUAACCCAUCCCAGAGAGACCCAGCACACAUUCCGUUCAUGUUUUAGUCUUUGCAGCAAGACAUGAUAGCCAUACCUGCAAAAGACUGGGAGAGGGGUAAAUUCCUCACUUUGAUUUCUGUUGUUUCUUUUCUUUUUCUGGACCUUUACAAGUUUUACCUUGCAUAUUAGCUGGCACUUUGUGGUGGUUAUUAUUUGACACUUAAAUAUUUCUCACUGUACAGAGCAAGUUUUGCUGGACAUGAAUUAUUUAGAUACGCUAGAUGAGUCAUGGUAUCUUGAUGUUUAGAUUGAAGUAUUUAGGAUGUUGAAAAUGAAAAUGUGAGGUCACGUAGGUUUCUUUUCCUCUGUUUUCUUUUAUAACUGUCUAUUAAAUAGUCUUGUAAGGAGCAGAAUAUUCCUCCUAUGGUGCUAACCUUACACGUCCUUUUACUUGUGGAUUUUAAUCUGUCAUCGGAAGGCUUGGCAAGGAUCAUUAAAGAAAAUGAGAUUUGUUGCAUGAAUCUUUCAAGAAUCAAAUAAAAUUCUGUUCUAGACCUAUA